AUGGUGAAGUCUGAUCCCGUAAGAUAUUUGCUUACAAGGCCGAUAUUAUCCGGACGCCUUGCACGUUGGUUGCUACAGCUGUCCGAGUUUGAUAUCACCUGCACCACUCCAAAAGCCAUCAAAGGGCAGGCCGUUAUUGACAUGUUGGCUCUAUUUCCCGAAGUUGAAGAAUCAACAAUCUCUAAGGAAGUUCUGGGGGAGCUGCCGGAAAUGGUUGCUGUUGUCACAGAGGCAGAACCAUGGACCCUCUACUUCGAUGGGUCUUCUACAUCGAAGGGUGGAGGGGCAGGUGUGGUGCUUGUCAAUCCCGAGGGGCAAGCCACGGCCCUCUCGUUUAAGCUAAAUUUCCCAUGCACGAAUAAUACGGCAGAGUACGAAGCUUUUAUUGCAGGGAUGUCUACAGCAAGGGAAAUGGGUGUCGAAAGAAUUAAAAUUAUUGGGGGAUUCAAACUUGGUGCUGAGUCAAUUACAAGGAAAUUUCGCCGUGAAGGAACCAGCAUUGGCACCAUAUCGUACAGCUGCUGA